UUGCAAAACAUACAUGGAGUUGGGGUUUUCUCUGGGAUCUAUGCGCUCUCCACUGUGAGAGUGGAAAAGUACAGAUGUCCAGAUCCCUCUCUUUAGCAAAGACAGAGCGAGAGAGCACGUGAGAGAAGGAGAAAGAGGUGUGUGACUGCGUCAGAGCUGACUUUGUGAGGUGGAAAGUUUUCAAGGUGUCCGAUGCCUCUAUGAUGAUCUCGUGACAGUUACAGUAGAAGAGAAAAAAAAUGAAGACAGAGGGAGGGCAUGAAAAGAAUGUCAGAUCUAGACAAACAAGCUUAGCCUGAACACACUGCACUGAAGCGGUGACCGAUGCACUGCUGAAGACUCCGUGGCUCUGUGUAAACAGAAGAUGUGACAGAAAGAGGUGCACACAUCUCACACACGAUGGCUGCUCCCACAGUUAUCCCCAGGAGACAAUCUAAGUCUACAAACAACACAGCUGCUAACUCACAUCCCAUAGGUGUAAAUGCAUUAAAUGUAGGAGACAGAGUGAAAACACAUCUGAUGCAUGCACAGAGAGAAGUUGACUUGGUGAAUCACUGUUUUGCUGAUGUGGAGCGUUUCAUGGCCCGUCUUCAGGAGACAGCAGAGGCUAGGAACUUUCUAGAGCAACAGAGCAUUAAAAAGAACAGCAAAAAGAAAGAAAAGAAGAAAACCAAGAAGAAGAAAGAGCAGGAUGAUGGCCCUCUCACACAAAGAUUGACGCCGCCAUCAGAACAGGAGUUUGUGGAUAUUUUUCAGAAGAUUAAAUAUUCUCUCUGUCUUCUGGAUCGCCUGAAGAUGAAAAUCUACGAGCCAACCUCAGAAGAACUCUUGCACCAUGUUUUCAUCCCUUUGCACUUGAUGGUAAAGACCACAGGUGGUCCUGAGUUGGCAGCAACAGUCUCCAGCCCCGCUAUGACCAGUGGAGCAAUCUCCCUACUACAGCAGAACCUUAAUGAACAAGAGAAAACGCUGUGGAAGUCCCUCGGCACCAACUGGACCGUGCCAUGCUCUCAACUCAGCGAGCCUGUGCCUCAAUACACACCUGUCUUUCUGGAUGGUUGGCAGCCGAUGGCCAUAGACGCGCAUGGACAGCCCAUCGAGGACCCCUUAGUGUCCCAGCACAAACAUGAAGCCCAACAGGUUAUAAAACCUCUCACUCGCUGUUAUAAACACAGCCACAAUACAAACACACCUUCAGCUCCUCCCUUUCUCUCUCCACAGGCACGUCUAUCUGUAUACCAGGACCGCGAUGGGAUGGAAGACCCCCUGCCUCCUCAUGGAGAAAGGCUGUACCGCUGCAGUUAUGAUUUUGUGGCAAGAAACAGUAGUGAACUCUCAGUAUUACAUGGAGACACUCUGGAGGUGUUAGAGUCAUCAAAGCGAUGGUGGAAAUGUAAGAAUGAAUACGGCCAGAUUGGUUUUGUUCCACAUAAUAUCCUCGAGCCAGUUAAUCACGCAGAAGUUGACUCUUCCAACACAGUAUUGCGCAACCAGUCAAUGAAAGCUCCUGUUCCUCCCCCGGGUGUUCUGCCCAGUUCUACAGGCAAAAAUGCUUUCCGCCCUGAUCCACGCCCUCACAGUAUGCCACCAAUGGGAGACGACGGAGAUAAAGUAUUUUUGAAUGAUGAGCUCUUGCAGCGAUUGGCCAAUGGUAAAUCAGCAUCGAUACGCCCUGUGGUAAUUAACAAAGCAAAUGAGACAACCGCACCGCUGGACUUUCACUCCCCUCCAGCUGAGGUUCAGGGGUGGCUCAGGGCCAAAGGCUUCAAUGAUUACACUGUAAAGAGUCUGGGUGUCCUAACGGGAGCUCAGCUCUUCUCUCUGAAUAAGGAGGAGCUGCGUGCCGUUUGUCCAGAAGAGGGAACCAGAGUCUACAGCCAGAUCAUGGUGCAGAAAGCACUGCUGGAGGAUGAGCGGAAGGCCACGGAGUUGGAGGCCAUAAUGAAGAAACAGAAGAUGAAAGUUGAUCUGAAAGCAGAGGGUGGAGAAUUUUAAUAGAUAUCCCUCUCACUCACACAUUCAGACAAGCAUUUAUGCUGAGGCUUUAACAGACAGCUGUGGCAUGAAUUAAGAUCUUUUUAACCAUAAUGAUCUUUGUUGGUUAUAUGUCAUUGAUAACAGAUAUAUUUCAUCAUUACCACUCAUCAUAUUGAAAUCAAACCUGUA